UCACAUUAUAAUUUAUGAUUCCAGGAUUCUCUCUUUUUUGCUUAAUUUCUUCACAAGUCAAAUUUUACUACUACCUUGUUUUUUUGUUGUUAGUGCAAUGCAAGUAAGCACAGUGUGUCAGUCACUAAACUGAACAACACUUCUGAGAUGACAGAGACAGAUAAGAGUUGUUUUUGAAGAGGGUUUUGAAGAUUCAUGUGAUUGUGUUUCUGAAUGUUAGUUUCAAUGGACACUAAUGGAAGAUUAGUUGCAGGAUCACAUAACAGGAAUGAGUUUGUUCUUAUCAAUGCUGAUGACACUGCAAGAGUGAAUGCUGUGACAGAAUUGAGUGGACAAAUUUGCCAGAUCUGUGGGGAUGAGAUAGAGUUUACAGUGGAUGAUGAACCUUUUGUUGCUUGCAAUGAAUGUGCAUUCCCUGUGUGUAGACCUUGCUAUGAGUAUGAAAGACGAGAAGGGAACCAAGCUUGUCCUCACUGCAAAACUAAAUACAAACGCAUAAAGGGUAGUCCAAGAGUUGAGGGUGACGAAGAAGAGGAUGGGAUUGAUGAUUUGGAAAAUGAGUUUGAUAUUGGAAGCAAUAUCAAACAUGACCCUCAUCACAUUACUGAGGCCAUGUUCUUUUCUCACCUCAACAAUAUCGGUCGGAGUUCACAAAUGAAUGCUUCAAGAAUCACCACGCCAUCAGAGUUUGACACGGCUUCUGUGGCUGCUGAUAUCUCUCUCCUGACAUAUGAUCAUGAGGAUCCUGGGAUUUCUUCUGAUAAACAUGCUCUCAUUAUCCCUCCAUACAAGCUCCGCGGGAAACGGGUUCAUCCUAUGCCUUUUCCUGAUUCAUUUGUGCCGGUUCUACCAAGACCCAUGGAUCCUAAUAAAGAUUUGGCUGUUUAUGGCUAUGGAAGUGUUGCAUGGAAAGAAAGAGUGGAGGAAUGGAAGAAAAAGCAGAAUGAAAAAUUAGAGGUGGUUAAGCACGAAGGUGACAACAAUGUUGAUGAGUUUAAUGAUCCCGAUUUGCCAAAAAUGGAUGAAGGAAGGCAACCGCUAUGGAGGAAGUUACCAAUCAGUCCAAGCAAGAUAAAUCCAUAUCGAAUCAUUAUAGUACUCCGGAUCGCUGUUCUUGCUCUCUUUUUUCAUUACAGAAUUCUCCAUCCGGUCAACGAUGCAUAUGCAUUGUGGUUGACAUCAGUAAUAUGUGAAAUUUGGUUUGCUGUAUCAUGGAUUUUGGAUCAGUUUCCAAAAUGGUCUCCAGUUGAGCGAGAAACAUACCUUGAUCGUUUAUCACUGAGGUACGAGAAAGAAGGAAAGCCGUGUGAAUUAUCCGAUAUUGACAUAUUUGUUAGUACUGUGGAUCCUAUGAAAGAGCCUCCUCUUAUAACUGCAAACACAGUUCUGUCCAUCCUAGCAGUAGAUUAUCCGGUGGAAAAAGUGGCGUGCUAUGUCUCAGACGACGGUGCAGCUAUGCUAACAUUUGAAGCCCUUUCAGAAACUUCAGAGUUUGCAAGAAAAUGGGUUCCAUUCUGCAAGAAGUUCAGCAUUGAACCGCGGGCUCCUGAGUGGUAUUUUGCUCAGAAGGUUGACUAUCUAAAAGACAAAGUGGACGCGGCUUUCAUCAAGGAGCGUCGUGCUAUUAAGAGGGACUAUGAAGAGUUAAAAGUGAGGAUUAAUGCAUUGGUUGCAAUGGCGCAAAAGGUUCCUGAGGAUGGAUGGACAAUGCAAGAUGGGACACCUUGGCCUGGAAACAAUGUCAACGAUCAUCCUGGAAUGAUUCAGGUUUUCCUUGGACAAAAUGGUGUUCGCGAUAUUGAUGGGAACGAGUUACCUCGUCUUGUUUAUGUGUCUCGUGAAAAAAGACCUGGAUUCGAACACCACAAAAAAGCUGGUGCUAUGAAUGCCUUGGUGCGAGUCUCGGCAGUCAUAUCAAAUGCUCCUUACAUGCUAAAUGUUGAUUGUGACCACUACAUAAACAACAGUAAGGCCCUUCGUGAAGCCAUGUGUUUCAUGAUGGAUCCUACAUCAGGGAAAAAAAUAUGCUAUGUGCAAUUUCCUCAAAGAUUUGAUGGAAUUGAUCGUCAUGAUAGAUACUCAAAUCGUAAUGUUGUAUUCUUUGAUAUCAAUAUGAAAGGCUUAGAUGGCAUCCAAGGACCAAUAUAUGUGGGAACUGGGUGUGUCUUCAGGAGGCAAGCACUCUAUGGAUAUGAUGCUCCUGCCAAGAAGAAACCACCAGGGAAGACAUGUAAUUGUUGGCCAAAAUGGUGCUUCAUGUGUUGUGGAUCAAGAAAGAAGAAUAGGAAAGUGAACUCCGGUCCAAGAAAGAAGAUAAGGGAUAAGGACGUCGCAAAACAAAUACAUGCACUAAAAAAUAUAGAAGAGGGAAUUGAAGGAAUUGACAAGAAAAAGUCACCGCUAAUAUCGCAACUAAAAUUUGAGAAAUUUUUUGGACAAUCGUCUGUUUUCAUAGCUUCAACGCUUAUGGAAGAUGGAGGCAUUCUAAAAGCAGCAACUUCUGCAUCACUCUUGAAAGAAGCCAUCCAUGUUAUCAGUUGCGGUUACGAAGACAAGACUGAGUGGGGAAAAGAGGUUGGAUGGAUAUAUGGUUCCGUCACAGAAGAUAUUUUAACAGGUUUUAAGAUGCAUAGUCAUGGUUGGCGAUCGGUAUACUGCAUGCCUAAAAGGCCUGCUUUUAAAGGUUCAGCUCCUAUAAACCUCUCGGAUCGUCUGCAUCAAGUUCUUCGGUGGGCGCUUGGAUCUGUUGAGAUUCUGUUAAGUAGGCACUGUCCUAUUUGGUAUGGAUAUGGCUGUGGCUUGAAAUGGUUGGAACGUUUGUCUUACAUAAACUCGGUUGUUUAUCCUUUGACGUCAAUUCCCUUGAUUGUCUACUGCACCUUGCCAGCUGUGUGUCUUCUAACUGGGAAGUUCAUAGUUCCUGAGAUUAGCAACUAUGCUAGUAUCAUUUUCAUUGCACUUUUCAUCUCUAUAGCUGCAACCGGCAUCCUAGAAAUGCAAUGGGGAGGUGUUGGUAUACAAGACUGGUGGAGGAAUGAACAAUUCUGGGUCAUCGGGGGCGCCUCCUCACACCUUUUUGCUCUCUUUCAAGGUUUGCUUAAGGUUCUAGCAGGGGUUAACACAAACUUCACUGUCACAUCCAAAGCCGCCGAUGAUGGAGACUUUGCUGACCUCUACAUCUUCAAGUGGACAUCAUUGUUAAUCCCUCCUUUAACCUUGCUUAUCCUAAACAUAAUUGGAGUUAUUGUUGGUGUUUCAGAUGCAAUAAACAAUGGCUAUGAUUCAUGGGGUCCAUUAUUUGGCAAGUUAUUUUUUGCUCUAUGGGUUAUUUUACAUCUUUAUCCAUUUCUUAAGGGUGUUAUGGGAAAACAAGAAGGUGUUCCUACCAUCAUUUUGGUUUGGGCUAUUCUUCUGGCUUCAAUCUUUUCACUUCUAUGGGUUAGGAUCAACCCCUUUGUGUCCAAAAAUGACAUUGUGUUGGAACUUUGUGGGUUGAAUUGUGAUUGAGAAAUGGAAGUCUUAUAUCAUUAGAUACAUUAUGUAUAUUUUUAUGCAGAAAAAUCUGCCAUAUGCAUAAUAUUUUUGUUAUUGUUGCAAAAAAAAUAAAAGAUUGUAGCUAGUGUAUGUAGAUAUAAAGGAGGUAAAUAAGGGGAAAAUUGGAUUCAGGAUCAAGUUGUAAAUUGCAAUGGUCAAUGAGGUAUGGAGAUUUUAAUUUAUGAUUUUCUUCUGAAUAAUGUAUAUAGUAUUUGUUGUAAUCAGAGGAAUUUCCAUGUGCUUGAAGUCCAAACACAAGAAAUGGGAUAUAUAGUGGUUUUGCAUUA